AUGUCCGCUUCUAGUUCAGGGCUGAAGCCAAGAUUGCUGUCUACGGAUGACGAUCAGCAGCAGUUGGCAGCCGCGGGAGCCACAAAAGCUGCCAAAAUCAGCCUCCAGCUCGAUGAUAUUGCCCUUUCUCCGCGCUACUCGUACGGAGGUGUCAGGCAAAAGUUUUCGCCGUGGGGCAGGUCGCUCCCGAGGCGAGGCAGGGGGCCGGGGGCGGCUCAAGGACAGGCCUAG